AUGAUAAAUCAAAACAAUAUUUAUUGCUUUUUUGGUAUUACUACCAUCUUUUUCUCCAUCUCAUUACAAACUCUUGCUUCUCCUACACUCCACUUUUGCCACCACGACCAGAGGGAUGCUCUUUUGGAAUUCAGAGACGAGCUUCCCAUUGAUGGGGAUUAUCUUAGUUCGUGGAACAAGAGCGGUGAUUGCUGUUUUUGGAAGGGUGUCAAGUGCGAUGAUAUAUCUGGUCAGGUGAUUUCACUCAACCUUAGUGACACAUUUCUUAACGGCUUGUUGAAAACUAAUAGUAGCCUUUUUAGGCUCCAAUAUCUUCGCCACCUAAACCUUAGCGAUUGCAAUCUCCAAGGAAAGAUCCCUUCUUCACUAGGAAACCUAUCUCGUCUCACAUUUCUUGACCUUUCUUUUAAUAGUUUUGUAGGUGAGAUUCCAGCUUCAAUAGGCAAUCUAAACCGGCUAAGAACCCUUAGCCUUGGGUUUAACCUUCUCAAAGGAGAUAUUCCUUCUUCAUUAGGAAACCUUUCUCGUCUCUUAGAUCUUGAACUAGGGACUAAUCAGUUGGUAGGUGAAGUUCCGGCUUCCAUCGGUAACCUAAAGGAGCUAAGAGUCUUGAUACUUGGCGUUAACAGCUUAAGUGGCAAUAUUCCUAUUUCCUUUGCCAAUUUAACCAAUCUUUCCUAUCUUGACAUCUACUCUAAUAACUUCAUACCGUCCAUGCUUCCAUCUUACAUGAGUGGAUUCCACAACUUGGAGAAUUUUGAUGUUAGUAUGAACUCAUUUUUCGGGCCUUUCCCUAAAUCCUUGUUCUCGAAUCAUUCGUUACAAACAGUUGAUUUGGGAGGAAACCAAUUCACGGGACCUAUAGAGUUUGUGAAUACAUCUUCUUUGUCAUCUACGCUUCGGUAUCUAUGCCUUUCUGAAAACAGAUUUGAUGGCCCAAUCCCAAAAACCAUAUCUGAAUUUCAAAACCUCCAAACGUUACGACUUAGCAACAACAAUUUCACUGGGCCGAUCCCUAGGUCUAUAUCAAAGCUAGUCAACCUCAAACGGUUACAACUUAGAGGCAACCAUUUCAUUGGGCCAAUCCCUAGGUCUAUGUUAAAGUUAGUCAACCUCGAUCAUCUUGAUCUUUCCAACAACAAUUUGGAAGGUGAAGUACCAAGUUUCUUAUGGAGAUUGGCGACCCUGAGGCUUUCUCACAAUUCUUUCAGCAGUUUUGAAAGCUCUCCACAAGAAACACUGAUCCAAGAGUUGCAUCUGAGCUCGAAUUCAUUCCGAGGACCAUUUCCUCAUUGGAUAUGCAAGCUUAAAGGGUUAAGCUUGUUAGAUUUGUCCAACAAUCUCUUCAACGGCUCCAUUCCGCCAUGUUUAAGGAAUCUCACUGUUUCUUUGAAAGUGUUGAAACUGCGUAACAACAGUUUCAGUGGAACUCUUCCAGAUAUAUUUGCCAAUGCUACAAAGCUAAGAUCAUUCGACGUAAGUCGCAACCAGCUGGAGGGAAAGUUUCCAAAGUCGUUGAUAAAUUGCAAAGCUCUGCAAUUUGUGAAUGUGGAAAGCAACAAAAUCAAGGACAAGUUUCCAUCAUGGUUGGGAGCUCUGCCAUUACUAAAUGUUCUCUUCCUCAGGUCAAAUGAAUUCUAUGGGCCGUUGUAUCAUCACCACAUGUCCAAUGCUUUUCAGAGUUUAAGAAUCAUCGUUAUAUCACACAAUGGCUUCACUGGAACUCUCCCACCAAACUAUUUUUCCAACUGGCGUGAAAUGACCACAUUAACCGAAGAAAAUAGCCAGUAUAUGGAUGAUUUUGCGAAUUAUUCUCGUAUCGAUCAGUCCAUGGAAAUGGUGAAUAAAGGAGUAGAGCUCACGUUUGACCGGAUCAACCAAGACUUCAGAGCCAUUGAUUUUUCUGGAAACAAAAUUUAUGGCAAAAUCCCUGAAUCCAUUGGCUUCUUGAAGGAACUGUGUCUGCUUAACUUGUCAGGUAACGCGUUCAGAAGCGAAAUCCCAAGAGUCUUGGCAAAUUUGACAAAGCUCGAGACAUUAGACCUAUCACGUAACAAGCUGUCUGGUCAAAUCCCUCAAGAUCUUGGUAAACUCUCAUCUCUGUCAUACAUGAACUUCUCCCAUAACCUUCUCCAAGGUCCAGUACCACGAGGCACACAAUUUCAAAGGCAAAAUUGUUCUUCAUUCGCAGACAACCCUAGACUCUCCGGUCUCCAAGAUAUAUGUGGAGAAAUCCAUGUUCCGAAUCCUGCACCAUCCCAACAACCGGAGGAAUUGUUAGAGCCGGAGGAACAAAUGUUCAACUGGGUAGCAUUUGCAAUAGCCUAUGGACCUGGUGUAUUUUGCGGAUUGGUGAUCGGACAUAUCUUCACUUCACACAAUCAUGAGUGCUUCACAGAAAGGUUUGGAGGGAGAAAAGUCAGAGUCACUAAACGUGCUCGUUAA